AUGGUUAGAUUAGGUCCAAAACCACCACAGCACAGAAAAGGCACCUUCACGGGUGUGUCCAAGGAGUUGCUUGACGAGAUCCACCAAAUGGAAGAUCUCUUCACCGUCUCCGGCGAAACCUUAACCAAGAUUUCCGAUCACUUCGUCAGUGAACUCACCAAAGGUUUGUCCAAGGAGGGAGGUAACAUUCCCAUGAUCCCCGGUUGGGUUCUUGACUUCCCAACUGGUCAGGAGACUGGUGACUACUUGGCUAUCGACUUGGGUGGAACUAACUUGAGAGUCGUCUUGGUCUCGCUCUUGGGUGACCACAAGUUCGACACUACCCAAUCCAAGUUCGCCUUGCCAAAGAACAUGAGAACCGCCAAGUCUGAAGAAUUGUGGACUUUCAUCGCUGAGUGUUUGGCCAAGUUCCUCGCUGAGUUCUUCCCAGAUGGUGUCAAGCAUACCUUGCCUUUGGGUUUCACUUUCUCCUAUCCUGCUUCUCAGGACAACAUUACUGAGGGUUACUUGCAGAGAUGGACCAAGGGUUGGGACAUUGACGGUGUUGAGGGCAAGAAUGUCGUGCCUAUGUUGCAGGAAGCUAUUGCCAAGGUUAACAUCCCAAUUGAGGUUGUCGCCUUGAUCAACGACACCACUGGUACCAUGGUUGCCUCCAUGUACACUGACUCUGAGGCCAAGAUGGGUCUUAUCUUCGGUACUGGUGUCAACGGUGCUUACUACGAGAAGAUCAGCGAAAUUCCAAAGUUGGAGGGUAGACUCGAGGACGAUGUCACCCCAGACAUGCUCAUGGCCAUCAACUGUGAGUACGGUUCUUUCGACAAUGAGCACGCUGUGUUGCCAAGAACCAGAUUCGACAAGAUUCUCGACAAGGAGUCUGCCAGACCAGGCCAGCAGUCUUUUGAGAAGAUGAUUUCUGGUUACUACUUGGGUGAGCUCUUGAGAUUGAUUUUGCUCGAGUUGGCCGAUGAGAAGAAGUUGAUCUUCGAAGGUCAGGAUUUGACUAAAUUGCAUGAGUCGUUCGUCAUGGACACUUCCUUCCCAGCCCGUAUUGAGGAGGACCCAUUCGAGAACUUGUCUGAUGUCCAGGAGCUUUUCCAGAACAAUUUGAACAUCCAGACCACUGUUGCUGAGAGAAAGGUGAUCAGAAGAUUGUCUGAGUUGCUCGGUGAGAGAUCUGCUCGUUUGUCUGUCUGUGGUAUUGCUGCCAUUUGCAAGAAGAGAGGCUACAAGAGCGCUCACUGUGCCGCCGACGGUUCCGUGUACGAAAAGUACCCAUACUUCAAGGAGAGAGCUGCCCAGGGUUUGAGAGACAUCUUUGGCUGGGCUGAAGGCGAGGAGGACCCUGUGGUUAUUGUUGCUGCUGAGGACGGUUCUGGUGUCGGAGCUGCUGUCAUUGCCGCUUUGACCGAGAGAAGAUUGAAGGACGGCAAGUCCGUUGGAGUCAAGAAGGGCACCUAG